AUAUAGUGAAUGCGGGGGUCCGGGGAGACCAGAUAUAGUGAAUGCAGGGUCCGGGGAGAGCAGAUAUAGUGAAUGCAGGGUCCGGGGAGAGCAGAUAUAGUGAAUGCAGGGUCCGGGGAGACCAGAUAUAGUGAAUACAGUGUCCGGAGAGCGGAUAUAGUGCACCCAAUGCAGGGUCCGGGGAGAGCGGAUAUAGUGAAUGCGGGGUCCGGGGAGAGCGGAUAUAGUGAAUGCGGGGUCCGGGGAGACCGGAUAUAGUGAAUGCAGGGGUCCGGGGAGAGCGGAUAUAGUGAAUGCAGGGUCCGGGGAGAGCG